AUGUUUCCAAUUAGAAGCUUUGUUCUAUUAAGUAUCGUUCUUGCAGUCUAUGGAUCUCCAGUUUUCCGAGGAUCGGAAUCUUUCGUUGUUGAUCUUUCCUCAGAAGAAGUAGAUUCUCAAACAUCUUCUAGCUCACCUGCUCCUAUCAUAUCAACAACUAACUCCACAAAAGAAAUUGAGACGAAAACCGCCGAAGCUGCAGAUGUUCUAGAUGCUGCUCUAGGUCUUUUGAACACUCCUAUGAACAAAAUGGUGAACUCCAAUUCUUUGAGAAAACUAUUACGUUUGUUGGGGCCUUCUAGAGAAGAUCUUGUAGCAACUCUUCAAAUGGCUCGCCAACUCCAAGAAGCUGUUCCUACCACUGAAGCACCCAAAGUAACUGGAUCUCGAAGAGAUAACUUGACUGUUAAAAGUAUUGAUCUAAUUCCAACUGAUCUUCCACCAGUUGUUGAUGAGCUCUUUGGCUUCAAGGAAGACGACGACAAAAUUUUUGGAACAACUCAAAAGCCAUUGUUCCCAUUAGUAAACGCUGACCAAGAAUCAGAACUUGAAAAAGUUCUUAAACACAAUAACAUUCCUUUCAAACAUUAA